CAGUCAGAUGCAUCAUUUUUUUUUGCAUUCAUUUGCAUAUAAAUGUUCUUGAAACAACAUAUUUAAAGAGUCUUUUUUUAAUGAACUGCAUCAUAAUAUGAAUGUUUCUUAUAAAUCAUAUAACAGAUUAUUGAUUAGACUAUUCUCACAUACAUUUACAAUACUGUUGCCUUUUGUCUGUGCUGCUGUUUGGUUCCUGGUCACAGACUUGAACCCAUCCUGUUAUUUAUUGAUGUGCUGCUGUGAAGGAAUGCGCUCAUCCUUUUGUUGACGCGUCUCUAAGGUUACUGGUCUGGGAGCAGUGAGCAGCACAAUGGCAGCCCGCCGCUGUUGUUAGAGAGCAAAAUCUGACAGGAAAUCAGAGUUGACGGAUUUAAGCAGAAAUAGCAGCGUUUUUCUCAAAGCGGCUCUCCCCGUGUGAGCAACAUGCAGGCCAACCUGCACUCGGUGAAGCGGUGGCAGCUCAGCGGGACAGACUAUGACCCGCAGCAGGUCCACAGACUGCGCUCCCAAACCCGCUUCAGCACCUGGACCCCGCUGAACAACAAGACGAGCAACCUGCAGUUGUUUGAGGAGAGGAUGAACCUUGUGCUCCACUGGUUUGACCUGUGGACUGACAGACAGAGGAAACACCUGUUGGACUCACUGCUCACACGCUGCACCAAGUCACAGCUCAAGUACUGUAGGGAUUUGCUGAUCGAGACUGUUCCUGUGACUCAAGUGGACUUCACGGCGGUGCUGCCACGGUUCCUGUCCCUGUAUGUGAUGUCAUUUCUGUCCCCUCGUGACCUCUGCUCUGCCGCCCAAGUCAGCUGGCACUGGAGGGUUCUUGCUGAGCAGGACUGUAUCUGGGCCAGCCGGUGCAUCAGAAGAGGCUGGUUCCUUCCCUACACUCCAGGAGACAAAGAAUACGGAGCGUGGAAGAACCACUAUGUCUCCUGCGUCUCCACUUUGGACUGGCUUUCACCCCGGGAGGCGGCCGAGCAGUAUGGGACCCUCAACCAACAAAGUAUGGGGACGACGGAGGAGGAGGAAGAGAAGAGGAAGGAGAGGAGGAUCAGGCAGAUGAUCAGAGACAAACUGCAGGAGGAGAAGAGACUAUCUAUGAGAACCAGGAGAGCUUGGGGCAGCUACACAAAACCAGAAGGAGCCAGAGGUGGAAGUGUCCAGACAGGGAGGUCCAGCUCUGGACUAACAUUUAGCUCUUGGCCCUCUCUCUCCUGGCCUGCACGGACUGUUGGCUCUCCCAGCCUCUGUCUUAGCCAGGACAGGGGACAGCCCAUGACUGCAGCUCAGAGCUGGGACAGAGUCCAGACCUCCAGCCCUAGCAGUGAAAGACUGAACAAAGCCAGCAGAGCGCUGUCCUCCUUUACUUACAGACCUGCACUGUCACACACAGCCUCACCCAUCCAUCUGCCCACUCCUGCCCUCUUACUGCUGAUUUCCGAUAGGAUUCCUGCCUAUGAGCUGCUGCUGAGUGGUGUGAGGGCAGGAGUGAUUGUGGUUCUGUAUGAUCACAGAGGGACUCUCUCAGCUCUGUUAACCCAGGCGGAGAGGGCGGUUUCUGGGCAGAGAGCUCAGAGGCUGGGCCUACUAGCUCCAGGAGGAACAGAGGAAAUCCAUCUGCUUCACAGUAGUAGCCUGUCAGAGAAGACUCUUCUGACCCCCGACCAAAGAGAAUUCUGGGAAAAACUGUGUGGUUGGGUGGCACCAACUGAGGAGGGAGGUGGGAUUGACAUCUUCUCCCCGCUGGCAGCAUCUGGUAUAGAGACCCAGAUGUUAGUACACACACUUCUCUGGAAUCUAUAUUUCUGUCUCUGCAUCUGUCUCACUAACUUCCUGUCUCUCGCUUUCUCUCUCGCUUUCUCUCUCUCUUCCUCAGCGUCAGGAGUGGCUCUCAUCCAGACUCUCACUACUCUUACUGGUCUGGAGGUUCGGGCGCCAAUGGGUCUUGCCACCGGAAGUUUCCAGAACAUCCUGAGUGAGUGGUCUGACGGCAGUGUGUGCACCGGCCUCUCGAACAAGCAGCCGGCACUACAGUUUGUUUGUGAGAGCGUCCUGCAGGGCUGGUGCAGACAGGCUCAGUGGAUGGAGGAGGCUCUGGGGGAGCUGAGAGGUGGCCUGGGGCCACAGCUACAGCAGGUUGGCCUCCAGGCCCGGGGCCGAGCUCUGGGUCUUUUUCUGUGGGAGAAACUCUGCCUUGAGGAGCUUUGUGUGUCCAAAGAGCUAAAUGAGGCUCUGAUGGAGGGAUUUGUUGCUCUCACAAGACAGGAAGAGGUUCUCUCUCAUCGUCAGACAAGACCUUUGGAGUUUCUUGCUGUCUUCCUGACAAAAUGGAGUGAGGAGAAGGAGAGAGAAGAGAGUAGUGGCGAAGACAAGUUGAAAAACAAAGGGGCACCACAUGGCUCUCAGACAUGCAUCAGUCGGAUAUCUGAGCCACCGCAGACAGCGUUAGAUUGGAGAGGUGCAGUUGCCAGAGAGCUGCAUCACAGCGAGUGUAUUUAUCUGAGGAGACUGGGCGCUGUGCUGAAGGUGUACCAGGAGCCUCUUACAGCUGCCCUGAACUCCAACAGAGCCAUUCUGAGCUACGCUGACAUCCACAUUAUCCUCACCCCUGUCACACAAAUACUGGAGCUCAACAGGGUGUUUCAGGUAGACCUACAGGCCAGGCUGCAGCAGUGGGGUGCACAGCAGUGUGUUGGAGAUGUGUUUGUAAAACUGUGCUCAAAACUGAGAGUGUACACCAACUACCUCAACAACUACACCACUGCCCUCUGUGCCAUCGACAAGUGCAGGGAGACAAAACCUCCAUUUCGGGCUUUCCUGAAGAGAGUGGACCGAACUCUUGCAACACACAUGCUGAGCCUACAGGAGCUGCUGCUGUGUCCAGUGUGGAGAAUACAGGAGUAUGUGACUCUGCUUCAAGCUCUGUCUCUACACACACACCCCGGUCAUCCUGACCACACACACCUCUCCUCUGCCCUCAACACCCUCCUACGAUUCAGAGAAUUCAUACAGAAGUUAAAGCGUAACUCAGAGAGAGACAGGCUGAUGGAGGAAACGCAGGAGAUGAUCCAAGGCUGUCCGAACCUCAGUGAAGGAAACAGGCAGCUGGUGAUAACUCAGGAUGCUGCUUUGCUCAGGAGCCCUGAUGAACGGAUUCCAGACUCUCUCAGGACGUAUGAGCAGGUGUCUGAUGUGGGCCUGUUCCUGUUCAACGAUGCUUUGGUGUUGACGCGGCGAAAUGUCUAUCACACACCUUUCACGCUGGCUCACCGGAGUGCACACACUUUCCUGGCCUCUGUGGCUCUCGCCAGCCUGGCUGUCAGAGAGAUCACACAUACACGCUAUGUGAGUCAUGCCUUUGUCCUGGAGGGUCCUUGUCGUUCCUGGGUUUGUGCCACAGAAAGAGGUGAAGAGAGAGAGCACUUCCUGUCCGUGCUGCGUUCAGCCAUAACCUCUGCUCUGACAGGACAUCAGUGACGAUACACCGGCGAGAAGAGGUUUGGACACCACUGUUGGUCCUUUUUUAUGUUGAAAAGUUCAAAGAAAAGAUCAGGGAAUCUGAAGAGGUGAUCACUGUCCCACAUCAUGAUAUGAUGUAAAUACAUAGCAACUCCUGCCACAGUUUAAAUGGUGUUCUGAGUGUUCACUAAAAAAUUCCUAAAGUAAUCAUUUAGUCAGCAUAAGGGAAUAGUCAUUUUUUUGUUUUUGCAACAUUUGCCCAUUUUGCCCAGUUCUGCUUUUAAUUAGCUGCUUCAGUGUAUUAUGGCAACCAGUAUCUCAGUUGCUAUGUUUUUAUACUUCUUACAACUUCCUCAUACAGAAUGCGUCACUCACUAACUCAAAGACAGCUAGAUAUGUUUAACCCCCUCUACCAAUUGUUAAAAUAAACAUUGUUUAUACACGCAUAUUUUGAUAUACAUAAUACCUAAACAUACCUGGUAGCUCACCUCGUAGAGCGCACCCCAUGUGCUAAUGCUGCGUCUGUACCGCAACGACCCGGCUUCACUUCCAACCCGUGGCCCUUUGCUGCUCGCCAUCCGCUCUCUCUCUCUCUCUCUCUCUCUCUCUCCUCUAAGUUUCCUGUCUAUCUACAUCUGUCACUAUCCAAUUAAAGGCCUAAAAAGGCUUUAAAGAAACAUGAUUGAUGUUGAUUAAAAUCUAAGAUCUAGUUGCACUGUAACCUGUAAUAGCUGAAAGUAAAAAGUAGUUUUGUUAGUUUUUAUUAGAGUGUUGUAUU